GAAUUAUUUGUUUGACAAUGCCAGACAUCACAGACAAGCAGCUGUGUGUGAUCCCAUGCUCCUCCAUGCCUUUGUUGGCAUCUAAUGGAAGAAAAAGCACCCAUUAAGUCUGUCAUGGUAUCCAGACUGCCUAAGUUUGGUGGACGGUCCUCAAAUUGUGGCGCUAGCCCCUUGUCCAAUGGUUCUGCACAGCCAACCACCCCCACCCAGGAUGGCAAGACUGCUCAUCCAGUACCACAUCCAAAUGGUGUGAUCCGUGCCCCUCCUUUUACCUUGAAAUUGAAGAGAGAUGAGGAGAAGCCCCCCUCCAGCCCAACGACUCCCAGCAGUCCUGGGGAUGGGGGUGAAGACAAGGCUCAGACACAGCUUCCAUCAUUGCCCAAGGAGGUAAAGAAUGGUUCUCCAGGGACACCCAAGAUACAGCGGUCAGGUACUUUGACGGUUCCUGUCUUGGGCUCUAAGGCCAUGCCCAGGCAAUCCUCCAAGGUCAGUCCCAAAGUAGGGACCAAGCUACUGAACGGCGGUCCUAAAAUGGCCCAUAAUGGCUCCAGCCUUCCUGCUCGAACUGUGUCCGAGUCCCGCCUUGUGCGACCAAAGUUAGGCUGCAGCUCUCCCAUAAGUAGUUCUCAAGACAGCCUGCACCAGCCCAGUGGCAGCCUGAAAGCCUUGGCACUUGAGAAUAUGAUACAUUCGAACAGCUUCACUCACUUCAAGCAGAUUCCCUCACCUACGAGCCAGCCUAUGAAACGGUCAUUCUCCUUUAACCGGGCAGUGGAGCUAGCCAAGCCUCUGGUCAGCACUGAGCUUCGGCCUCCUCGGAGUAGUUUCCUCAACCUCCCUCAGCUGAGCAAUGGAAGAUUGAGUUUAGGACUUGGAGGCCUGAAUGGCAGCCUUGGAGAUUCAGGAGGACAAGGUGGAGGACUUGGAGGAGUUCAAUGCAGCAGAACUCCUACCUGCUCUCUGCCAAUCCCCUCGACCACUCCCACACCCACUACUCCCAGUGCUCUGAAGAAGCCUCUGCUCUCCAGGUGUGUGCUGACAAAGUCGGUGAGCAGCAAUGGGGUGUCACUGGGAUGCAGGCUGGCUCAAUCCGAGCGAGCCAAACAGCAGAAGACUCUUUUUCCAGGUAAAGUCAAGGGUGAUAUCAGACAUUCAGCUGCCACUGAGUGUGGAGGGUUAUUAGGAAUAGCAAGAGACAUUGAGCUGACUGGUGACGCUCACAGCGAUGGAGAUGGAAGCCCUGGAGAUGGAGGGGGAAGAGGUGUGCAUAGGCAGAGCCUCAGCCAGGCAGCAGGAGAGAUUCAGGAGGACAUGUCCUUAUCUUCUGCCUCAUCACUAGACAAAGGUGACACCAGUGAAGAGUUUCUAGAUGACUUUGACAGUGUGGGAGACGUGCAUAGUGAGGGUGACAUGCCUGACAACAGGAAAGUUGGCAGCACUCCUCAAACUCAGCUACACAGCUGUCUCAGUGAGACCACUGACUGGGACAGCACAGAUCUGACAGGAUGUAAAACAGAACAUAAAGAAGAAAGCUCUGUGCAGGACUCCCAGGGCCCACUGGUUUUGUCUUCCGAGCAUAGUGAUGUCCCCCAGGCUUCAUCUGUGGAGCUGUCACCUUCCAACAGCUCUGGUGGAACAUACAUGUGGGAUGAAGAGGGUUUCGAGUCCCUCGAGGGGGCUGGACCUCAUCCAUUAGACAACUAUGAUGACCCAGAGCUCUACAGCAUGGAUAUCCUGAACAACCUGGACCCUCCGGGAACUGCAGAGUUGGACGAUGAUGACCUCAUGCUGGAUGUGAACCUCCCAGAGGAUGGUUUGCAUGACAUUGACAGGAUGUCCAACGCUGAGCGCUCGGAGAGAGCCGGCAGGCAGGGACAGCGGCGUAAACACCACCGUUGGAAUGGACCAGGUCACUUCUGCAAUGACAGCAGGGCCCAUGUCUCCCAGAAUUAUGAUGAUCUCAAGGUUUCAAGGAUUUCUUCACAGCCCGUCCCCUCUGAAGGCAAGCAGCGAGGCUAUAUGGCAGUGCUGGAUGAACUCACAUUCGAACACAUGAGUCAGGACUGCAGCUCACUCAAGACCCAGCUGCUGAAGCUCAAAGCGUUGCUACAGCUUGAGGAUACAGACUCUUCAGCUGAUGUUCCUGAGGAGACUGAAGACAACACCGCUACAUCACAGUUGGAGGAACUGAUUAAGGAGGUGCAGGUGCUCAGAGAGGAGCUGAGAAGUCGAGACAAGACUAUUGCUCAGCUCACAUGCCUGUAA